UAUAGAUUUAAAUUUGUAUAUAAAUUAACUACAAAAAUUUAAUUUAAUUGAAAUGUUAAAAUAUAAUUUCUCAAGAUUCGUGAACUCUGGGAAUCGACGGAUUUUGGCCGUAUAAUCAUAUUACAUUACCAUAAAGGCAAUGUCUAAUCGAUGACGUUUAAUUGUCAUUAAUUAUCAAACCGCGUUACUGUAGCGCGAUUCCAAAUGCAUUCUCGCUGUUGUAAAGUAAUGUAGGUUAAUUAAGUUUUGUAUCAUUGAGUAUACUAAAAUUUGCAAUUCCUUUACUGACUGUCCAACAUAUUUCGCGAUCACGUAAACGAAAUGCAAUAAUAUUGAAAUAUCUCGCCAAUCAAAAAAAAAAAAGAAAUAUACAUGAUAAAGAGACAUUUGUCCUUUUAUUAUUUUUUUUUCUCGAACACUACAUUUUAUACGCCGUUUUAUAUUGAUACGAAAUAAUUCUUUCGCAAUGGGCAGACUGAAUUAAUUUGGGAUCGAUCCAGUUGUCAAUUUAACUUCAGUAGAACUAGAUUGCUUUCAAUCCAGCGAUUCCAUGUGUUUUUAUAUACAAUCUCUACCUAACGAAGUUCCAUAUUGUGAUCUCUGUUGUUUGAAUCAGCUGUAACCUUAACAGAAAAAUGUUCUUCUCUUGUUCCACUCUUUCACUGCUCGUGUUUUCCAUGGCAUAUGUCCACAUUACAGCAAAAUGAAAAAUAGAACGCGCCACAUUUUCUUUCCGCGCCAUUAGAAUAAGAGUUAGGGAUUGGAACAAGAGAAAACUUAGAGAAGCGUCCUAAUGACUACACAAAACGGAGAGUUGAGUGUAUGUAUUUGUAUGAAAUAACAGUUCGAAGAUACAUAACACAUGAAAAUCACAAGUAUCACAUUGUGUCACCUUAUUGCUAAUCUUUUCGUUAAAUAUAAUUAAUUCGAGAGAAACGUCUAACGUCUGACAAACGAAAUCAGGAAAUCGACAGGCGAUAAGAGAUAUCGCUCACACGUACCACCCACGGAUAUUCCCAAGCGGAUGCCUCGUCCUGAUGGGAGACAGAAGUGCGGAAAGAUUCCAACUUGCUGCAGUGACUUUGACGUGUCAAGGAUUAUUUUUAAACUCUCGUAAAUUUCGAUUAUUAUAAGUUUUCAAGUAGCGUUUUAAAUAAUAAAUCUUAUUUUUAAAGUGUUUCAUUUUCAAAGUAUUUUCAAGUGGUGCUUUAAAAAUAAUAAUAGAUUUUAAUGAAAACAGUUUAUGAUUAUUGUAAAAUUGUAAAUUAUGACUUCCUCUCUUCCAGGGGAAGUCGAGAGUCAUUUUGCGUGCGCGUCGCGUGGUUGAAGAUCGCGGCGUUUAAUCAUGUCCAUUAGAACGCAAUUUUUCAAGUACAGUUUGUGCAUGGUGUUGUUUUUCCUUAUUUGCAUUAUUUUAAUUGAAACGAGAAAAAGCUGCAUCGUAAAAGAAACGACAGGCGUGACAAUUAAAUGCAAAUCGAAACUGAAAACGCCUCACUUCCCGGCUUCGGAUAGGACGAUUAAAAAGAAUGUCGAGUCGGAGAUAAACAUGUUGCGGAUAGACGAGUUGAAGGGUGGAACCAUCGACCUGCAGGAGAGCGCGACUAUACUCCAACAAGUGUCGAGCGUUUGCGCGAAGUACAAACUGAAAACUCCUCUUGUCAAAAGGCAUUUUCUAUACAAUGCCGAACAUAAGUCGCUAUACUGCUGGAUCCGCAAGAUCGCGUCUACCAGUUUCACCAAAUUGUUUUCCGACAUGAGCAACCGUCAAGUCGACCACGAUCUUUACAAAGAAGUGGACUUCCUAUCGCCGGAAAGUUUGAAAGAUCUGCAGCGUUUCGCUAACAACAAUACCGUCUUCAAACUGCUCGUCGUCAGGCAUCCAUUUCAUCGGCUGGUCUCGUCGUACAGAGAUCGCAUCGAGGACAACAGUAAGUACACCGCGCAGUCCUGGCUCUACGCUCGUCAGAUUCUUCAUCUCUCGAGGCCGGAACUGUUUCGUGCCAACGCAUCGAGCGGCAACAUUCUACAAAGAAUAUUCCUGGCGGACAGAAGGCUGAAGGUGGUACCCAGCUUCCGAGAGUUCCUGGAGUGGUUGCUGAGACAGCCGCCGGGACACGAUGACGUCCACUGGGACCAGUAUCACACCCACUGCGCGGUCUGCAACGUCAGAUACAACUUCAUCCUGAAACUGGACGAGUACACUUUCGGGCAGGUCAAUUACAUCCUGACGAAGCUGAAGUUAAACAAGGACAAGAUCUACCUGCCCAGGCUGCAGCGCACUCGUGCCGGGAUCACCGACUUCGACGUGACGUGCAAGUACUUUAGCGAUCUGACCACCGACAUGGUACUGCGACUGUACAAACGGUACAAAAUCGACUUUGAGAUGUACAACUAUAAGCUAGAAAAGUAUUUGCACUGUGCUAGGGGCAAAAAAUUGACCUGACCCGACCAGACAACAAAAUGAAAUAAAGCAAAAAUAAUGUUUAACUGAAAAAGUGAUAAAAAAAUCGUUUUAAUAACUGAAUUUUUUAAAGACUUGAUACCUUCUUGUAAACUGGAUAUAGAAGAUACAUUUGGACUGACUUUUGAACGAACCUUCAUACCUUUAUAAGGCCCGGUUCCACAAAUGUAAGAUUAACUUUAAUCUCGGUUUAACUUACUGUUUAUCUCUUUCUAAUUUUUAGAUUAGAAAAAGAUAACACGAAUUGAACUUCGGUUAAAUCGAGUUAACGGCGAAUUGUGAAUCCGGGCCUAAAUGAAGGAAAUAUAAAUGAAAAUAUAAAUUUUUUUAGAGAUUAUAUCUAAAAAAAUUGUUAAUUGUAUAAU